ACCAGUGAAAGGGCAUUCGUCCAUGUGGCAUGGCAGUAAAGAGUCUCCGGAUUGCCGUAUGUUUACGUCAGAUUUUUCAAGUUAGAACUCUACGUAAACAAUUUAUCUCGACCUCAGCAAGUCUUACGAAGUCGUGGGGAUCAAAGAAAAGCUUACGGGGGCAGAAAUUGUGGAAGACGUUUCAAGAAAGUAGUGUUUUCAGCGACGGUGACAUGGGUGACACAAAUGUUGAUGAAGUUCUUGCGCCGUUGCGGGCUGCAGUGAAGGAACAGGGUGAUCUUGUAAGGAAACUUAAAGAAGAGAAGGCAGAUGUGAAUGAAGUCAAGAAAGCUGUUGUGGUGCUGAAGGCUCGUAAGAAAGCUCUCGAAGAUAAGGAGCUGGCCCUUGCCCCAAAGGACGACUUUGACCGAAUAAAGAUGGAAGAUACACUGAAGAGACGCUUUUUCUAUGAUCAGUCAUUCGCUAUUUAUGGAGGGGUGAGUGGACUGUAUGACUUUGGGCCAGUCGGCUGCGCUCUCAAGGCCAACUUCAUCAACAUGUGGAGGAAUCAUUUCAUUAUAGAGGAAGGGAUGUUGGAGGUAGACUGCACCAUGCUAACGCCUGCAUCUGUCUUCAAAGCAUCUGGCCAUAUAGAGCGAUUUGCCGACUUCAUGGUGAAAGACUUAAAGACUGGAGAAUGCUUUAGAGCUGACCAUCUACUAAAAGCACAUCUUGAGAAACUCAUUCAAGACAAGAAGACUACGGCAGAUCAACGCAGUGAGUACACCACAGUCUUAUCACUGCUUGAGACCUACGGUAAAGAGAAGCUUGGAGAGUACUUCAAGACGUACGGCCUGAAAUCACCGAUCACGAACAACGAGUUGAGCGCGCCCAUGGACUUUAAUCUCAUGUUUAACACCUCGAUAGGACCCACUGGAAAUGUACCUGGAUACCUAAGACCAGAAACAGCUCAAGGCAUCUUUGUUAACUUCAAGCGCCUUCUAGAAUUCAACCAGGGUAGACUGCCGUUUGCUGCAGCACAGAUCGGGAACGCCUUCAGAAAUGAAAUCUCCCCGCGGUCUGGUCUCAUCAGAGUACGUGAGUUUACAAUGUGUGAGAUAGAGCAUUUUAUCGACCCUGACAACAAGGACCAUCCUAAGUUCUCUUUAGUAGCCGAUGUCAAGGUGUUGAUAUUUUCAGCUCAGGACCAGGUCUCCGGGAAAUCGCCAUCGUUGAUGUCACUUGGAGACGCAGUGGAAAAGGGUAUAAUAGCUAGCAGGGUCACCGGUUACUUCCUGGGUCGCAUCUAUCUCUUCAUGACCAGGGUGGGUGUCGACCCUAGCAAACUUCGCUUCAGGCAGCAUAUGGACAACGAAAUGGCUCACUAUGCACAGGACUGCUGGGAUGCCGAGUGCAAAACCUCUUAUGGAUGGGUUGAGUGCGUUGGCUGCGCUGAUAGGUCGUGCUAUGAUCUCAACUGCCACUCCAAAGCUACCAAGGUUCAACUGGUUGCAGAGAAAAAACUCCCAGAACCUAAGAUCAUUGACGUCGUUGAGGUCAUACCGCAGAAAGGCCUUGUGGGUAAAGCCUUCAAGAAAGAAGCCAAGUUGGUCAUGGACCACUUGGCUAGUCUAACUGAAGACCAGGUCGUAGAAAUGGAAAAAGCUAUGCAAGAAAAAAGUGAAUCAGAGAUUCAAGUGAAUGGGAAAUCUUUUACCCUCAAACCAGACAUGGUGACCGUCAAACGAUAUCAGAAAACAGUCCACGUUGAAGAGAUCCGGCCAUCGGUGAUCGAGCCCUCGUUUGGUGUGGGGCGUAUCUUGUACACCAUCUUGGAGCAUAACUUCAAGGUCAGAGAAGGAGACGAGCAGAGAACGUAUUUUACCUUGCCAGCAAUUAUAGCUCCCUACAAGUGUUCUGUUCUACCUCUCAGCAGCAACAAAGACUUUGAUCCUCUAGUGCAGAGUUUAUCCAAAGCCCUCUCGGAUGCCAACAUCUCUCACAAGGUAGACAGUAGCUCUGGCUCCAUAGGGAGGCGCUAUGCGCGAACAGACGAGAUCGCAAUCCCGUUUGGGAUUACGGUGGAUUUUGACUCGUUGAAGGAGCCUCACACAGCAACACUAAGAGAACGAGACAGUCUAAAGCAAAUACGAGCUCAGGUGGAUGAGUUACCUAUUAUCGUCAGCGACUUAUCAAACGGCAAGAUCUUGUGGUCAGAUGUCCUGAAAAGGUAUCCAAGUUUUGAGGGUCAGGAAAGCACAGCUGGUCAAUAGAAGGAGCCAUUUCAGUGUAAGGAAGUCUUAAAUAAUAACUGGAAUGCUUGUACAAGAACUAGGAGCUAUUGAAACAUUGGCAUGAGGGGUUGAUAGUAUUAUCAAAAUAAUCUCCUUUUGUCCACUUUGGGAGUCGAUGUCCAUGUGGUUAUUACAUUAGUGUGUUUGGGAUGUGGUGCGUACACCCGUUUCGGACUUGCCCGCCAGAGUUGCGCCGUACCAAAUAGAUUAGGAGCGACUCUAGGUCAACCCAAAUAAAUUUUGGUCCAGAACAUAACAUAACAUUUUCGUUAGAUUCGGCCCAUAACAAGAUCGACGUCUGAAACCAAGCGCUCCAGAAUCGCUACGAAUGACUGCAACAGUGGAUUGUUUUGAAUUCUAGCGUGUCCAGUCACUCCUAGUUGUUUCACAUGUCAAACUUUUUUUUCCUUAAUUCAGAAUUAAGAGCUACCAAACGAUGAUUCUACCUUUAAAGGCUCUGGACACCUUUGGUAAUUUUCAAAUACCAGAUUCUCACUUGAUGUAUCCUAACAUACAUUAUAUGCAGAAACUAACAAAUUUGUGAACAUUUUGCCUCAAAUGGUCAUUGAAUUCGCAAGAAAUUAAUGAAAGAAAAAACUCCCUUGUUGCAUUACUGUUUGUGCUUUCAUAUUCUUAAAAAAGGCUUCAGUUGAAGCAUUUAAUAUUUGAGUGAAAAAUCACCUAUUUCUCAAAAUUCAUGUUACUUCAGAAGUAGCCAUUUCUUAAACCGUUGUAUACCACCAAUAGCUUUCCAUUGCUCGUUUAGUAAAAACCAAUAGUGUCCAGUGUCUUUAACAUUAAAUGUUUUAACUUUAUAAUUAUAAUUUUAUAAUUGGAACAAACUACUGUAUGCCAAGGACACAUUUGCUGAGUUAAACAAUAAAUAAAUAGUAAAAAUAUUUAAAGAAAAUUUUCACACACUAUUGUUUUAAUAUGAAAUGGCUUGUCUUCACUUUAGAUCUUGCAUUUAAAUUUUAUCCACGUUCAAUAAAUAAAUACAAUCCAUCACUGGAGAUGUGCAUAAUAGUCAAAGUACACUGUAUGUUUAGUAUUGUUAAAUUACACCUUGUGAUGUUUUCAAAUUUUGGCCCAAAUUUUACUAUAUUGCUGGA